AUGGACGACUUCAACUCCUCAGAUAUUGAGAUCAGCGAGCACGAAGAAGAGCUCCCAGGAAUCGGCAGCCGAGCAAUUUCUUCAAUCAUUGCAAACUCAACAACUGAUCGAGUUGAUUCUAAGAUCCAGUUGAAGAAGCUCCAAGAUGUCGCCAAUGCUCCCAGUACAGCUAUCCACCGCCGAUACUGGUAUGAGCUAUUUAAGGCCUUUGCUAAGCAUUCAUUGAAGAUUAACAGUCGUCCAAAUGUCACACCUACCGGAGAUGAUAUGAUUCGCUUCCUCUUCCAAUUACCCAGUCAUUUACAAUCCAGACACAAUGAUGGCAAAAUCGCUUGGACAGUGAUGAAAGAGGCUAGGACACAGCUCGCUCGUUCUCUGACCUUUCACGAUGAAAACUUCAAGUUGUCUAAGCGAGACAAUCUCAGACUUGAUGCCACUAUACAACAGCUCCUCAAUGAUGGUCAGCUCACUAAAGACCCUGCACGAGAGGCUCUAUGGCUGUCUUGUCAAAUUGUGAAGAUGAUGGUUUCAGCCACACUUUCUGACGCUAUCCUCAAUGGUACAAAAUCAUGGGAUUCAAUGUUGGCAGGAUGCCUUGCACUUGCAUUGCAGGCAGCAUUGGCUGCGCGAGCUGGUGAUUUCAAGAGAUCUGCCCACUACACAGGCACUGAAUACUUGAAAUGGAAAGAUAUUGAGGUUAUAGCGAAAGGCCCAUCCGUGGACGAUCCCAGACUUACGAUGUUGAUUACUCUUUUGUAUCUCAAGUCACACAAAAACGACCCAAGAAAGGCAAUGAAAGUUGAACUUGGACAACUGAAUAAAGAGAACAAUGCAGUUGACGUUACCAAGUUACUUCUGGCAUAUGCCCUUCGUAUUGGCGCCGUAGAAGAGACAACUUGGGAAGAACUAAUUACUACAGUCUUUGAGCGUCCAAGCAAGCGAUUUGUUUGGCAGACUCCACAAUGGCCAGUCUUCUUUGCACGUACCAGAGGAGAACGUCUCGAUUUUACCAAGCCGGCAGGUGUUGACCAACAAACUCGAUUUCUUCGGCGUGCUGCAAAUCUCAUCGGAAUGCUUGAUAUUCCUGCGUCACAUGAUUUGCGUCGAGGCGCUGCGGCAGAUAUCUACUCGCUAUCGCCAUCAACCAACAUCGAAGGUGUACGGAGAGCGCUUGGGCAUACACAUGACUCUGUACGCAAUGGAGUAACCGACAGAUAUAUUGGGCGGAGAAAAGAUGACCAUUGGGCGGCGCGCCUCAAUCAUUCGGCUCACGAAAGAGACGAUUCAUUCGGCAUUCAGUUGGCUUCCUCGCCAUUCACGAAGCGCAAAAUCGAUACCAAGGAUAUCAACAAUUUUUGCACAUCCAACAAUCUUGACUCUACGGAUCGCAAUGAUCGUUAUAGAGCGAGACAAGAGCUUGAGAAGAUACAGCGCGAUCAAUGGGCAACUCAUCAGCGACAAAUUUUGCAGAACUCGACUAUAUCAAAGACAACACCAGUUUCUUCAUCAUCACGUGAGUCUCGUAAAGAUAUCACGAAUAUUUCGCAUCUACAUUCGACGGACACAGAUGAAGAGAAUCAUAAUGUCGCCAUAACCGAGGAGACUGUGGACCUCAUCACCAGUGAAAUGAGCAAUGCCCUCGGUCUUGCUGAUGAUAUGAAAGGCGAGGAGCCAUCAGAAGCUAUGAUCGACGUAAUGUCUCUUCAGUUCGUCCAUGUACUGGCAUCUCGCCCGCCUCUCGAUGACUCAAACAUUCUCAAAGCUUCUAUACGUCAGUUCAUCGACUAUUUCUCGACGAUCAAUCUGAUUAGUGUUGCAACUUCAGAACUACCAAAAGAUGCAGAGACAGGGAAUAGCCGACAUCCGCCCUCAAAAUUUUUAUACGCUUGUCGUAAACAGGGAUGUAGAAGAACAUUCAAUUCUACUCUUCAUCGCGAUCAACACGAAACAAAUUGUCAAGGUAUAUCAAUCAAUACUUUUGACAGUCAAACAGCCUUGCCCGAUAACAACGACUAUCUUCUCACCGUACCAACAAGUCGCAAACGGAAAUCUCAGAACAUCCAUCACGUUUCCGAGGGUUUCCCAAAGCAGUGUCCGGAUAGGGAGAUCUGCGGAGUUACCAAGACAUUCGCCACCAAACAUCUCAUGAGGAACCAUCGUCAACUACAUCAUGAUGAAACUUGGCCAGCCAACACAGCCUGCAAUGUUUCGGGUUGUCAACUGCCUCGAGAUCAUUUUUUUGUGUCUCGAGAAGCCUUUCGUCGUCAUCUGUCCUCUUAUCAUAUGCUUACAGCGAUUGAAUGCAGAGAAUACGUUGGCAAGGUCAUCCAAGUCGACUUUAUCGCUCCUCGAGGAACGAGCAAAUCGUACUUGACAACCAUGUGUUUAUUUCCUGGUUGUCAAGUAACUACAGAAUUUGCCAAUUACAGUGACUAUACUACUCACCUCAAAAGAAAACAUGAUCAAACACCAGAAAAUUAUCCAAAAUAUCUACCUACUCCAAACACCGUUCGCUUACACCCACGUCCGAAUAUCAAUACUAUUGAUAUCUCCUCGCCUCUUACAUACGAUUCCAAUGGUCUUGAAAUUAUUCCAUUUUACGGAACUGUCUGCUUGCAUUCUGAUUGUCAAGGCAACAAAAAGUUCUGGGCUGACGAGAAGCAAUACAAGGCUCAUUUGAAGAACAAGCAUGACGUUACCACUAUGGUCGAGAUCAAUUCAUAUCAGUUGUGGUAUAAACUCAAAUACGGUGUUGCAGGUGUAGAACAAAAAUGA